UUGUGCUCAUCCAGCGCGCUGGAUGCAGUGCUCACCGAUACGCCAAUGCAGGAGAACUGCUGUCUAGCCGAGUCUAGCUCGCUGAAAUGACUUUCUGAGCUGUUCGUUCUGAGCAGGAAUGCACGUGGGAAAACGUCGGACGAUUAGGACCCGACCAAACCAAAUGAGCGGUUGAGGACACCGAGGAGGCAGCGGAAACACACUCACAAUUUCAUGCGUGUCUAAACGACACACCUCACAUGCAACCUCGUGUCCUCUUGCCGGACCUUCUUGCUCUGGCGACGCCGUUUUCUUAGUGUCGCUGGAUGCAGCAUUAACCCACACUUCAGCUUUUCUCGCAGUGCAUGUGAAGUGCAUGGUACGCUUUCCGUCGACGAAACAAAAAACCAGGACUGCCCGCCCCACGCACCGCUCGUUUGCCCUCAGCCCUAAAUGCCACAAACCCAGAAUAAGCUAAACACUUCUUAGUGUGCCGUACCGUGGAUACCCCGAAAACGACACAGAUUUAAUAAGCUAGUUUGGAAGUGACUGAGAUGGUUCCGUCGCAAAUACAGAAAGGAAACCCUCUCGUGGCAGGGGGGUCUCCACAAUACCCCACUCCUCCUUGCCGGUCACUGGCACUGGGCGAGAACUGCAUUCAACAACCACCGCACGCGACCGUAAGGAGAAGAGGGCAAGAUAUAAACCAUGGAAAGGGGUGGGAAAUGACAACUCUCCCUAUUCAGUACUCCGACGGUGUACCUGCCAAGAUGAAGCGUCGGGGCAUUGAAACAGGGCUCCCACCCUUGGUCAUACCUGACGCGCCCACAUCUGGACCUGAAUACGUUGCGACAUUCUACUGGAGACACAAUGGCCUCUACGGAAGGAACCAACCCACAAAUUUCGAACCCUCUUCAUUCGGACUGCAGUCAAAGUUCUCAGACCAGCUGGCUCGCGCAGGCAUGUUCCGAAGACGGGGUUUCGAUACAUCCCUCGACACCAGCCGAGUUAUUAAUGGCGCCCAGGACUGGAUGCUCAAGAACAUCUGAGUCACCGAGUUCAUGAGUAUGACUGUCAGUACAUCCACCUUCCACUCCAUAUCUCAGAAGGUAUACGUUCUGUCCACGAAUCGCCAUUUGGAGCCUAUUCUGUUGCUUUUCUCUCUUUUGAGCCCCUCUCCUCUGCCCUGUUAUGCGAGU